AUGUCGAAACCGCCGCCACUCAAUAUCGUCCGUGGGUCCGCUCUUCACUGCGGCUCACCCAGUCGAGACGUCUCUAGGCCGACGCUCAAGGAGAAGAAAGCAUCUAUUGACCUGCGAAAUACGCAUUCGCCCGUCACGUCCAACGUUCCUGUCUCGUCUCCUAGUCGUUCGGGUAGUGAAGACCACUGCUGUUGUCCUCCACAGCCGCCAAGGCCAGAAAAUUGUUUCAUACUGUUCAGGUCGGCGCAUCAGAAGCAGCUGAGUGAAUCUGGCGGCAACAACCAGCCUGAGAUAUCGAUCAAAAUAGGGGACCUCUGGAAAAGAGCAGAUCCUGCUGUCAAGGACUAUUGGAAAGCAGAAGCUGAGAAGAGGAAAGCUUCCCACAAACAGCAGUAUCCGAACUACAAGUACCAACCAAAGAGCAAGAACCGCGCUUCCGGCUCCGCCAAUGCCAGCACCUGUAACGUCUGUGGUAAACGACUGAUCGGAGCGCCGCCGAGUAGCCCUCACUCGAAUGCAUCGCCGCGUCUCGCAGAGCAUACACUGCCCUCGCCCUCCACACAAUCCAGCGCAUAUCAAAGCCCAGUCUUCCAAACUCCCUUCCCAAACUCAACACCCCAAUCGCCCACAAUGCUCGCCACCGGCUCUACCCUCCCAUCCAGCAACCGGGACAGCCUCACCGGUCGCUCCGACCACCACCACCCUCCCAGCACAACCCCUUCAUCCCGCACAAAACGCCUCUCAGAACCAGACAUCAUCCCGCACAACCGCAGAACCUCAACCCAAGACUCCAAGCGCCGCCGCAUGAGCCACGAGAUCCCGCCCACCCCUUCCCCCUACUCGCCAUACACCGCUCAUUUCGACCUCCACAACCUCCACCACCACCACCACGCUCGCCAGGCCCGCCACGAGCGCGAGCCCCAGAGCAAAUCCGGCCAUAACGGGCCCCCGCCAUCAAUGUACAAUCGCCGCACACCGCUCGACGUGGCAGCCAGCCAGGCCCCCUCGCCAGGCUUCCGUCCGCCGAAUUCCGCGCAGUGGCCGAGUGCGAAAUCACAACCCCCUGUGUCGGCGCGCAGCAUCGUCCAUGUCCCGCAUACACCCACGCACCACGGACCAGGAAGCAGCAUCACCAAUCCAACCUCAAACACAGCAACAGCAACAACACCAACCCGCCACCUCCCCGGCAUCGCAGAGGUAAUGCGCUCCCCCCUCCCCUUGCCCCCCUCCAUGCCUCCCCCCCUCCUCUCCCCACCCAACGACCCCUCUUCCCGCCUCCGCCUCGCCCCCCUCGGCCCCUCAACCCCUGUCCCCCUCUCCACCCCUACAACAGCCCAGCACCACAUCUCCUCCCCCGACGACCGCCCCACCCCCGCCUCAACCCUCGCCACAAGCCGCCCCUUUACAGAGAAAAUCGAAAGGCUCGCUCGCGUCAGUAGGCCCGUGCGGGAGCGCUACCCGGGGGCACGAGGCGUGUUGAUUGCCGUUGAGGGCGACGACGCGGUUGCGGCGGCGGCGUUGGCGCGGUUGUUGCAUGCGACGCUGGGGAGGGAGGAGGGGGAUUUUGUGACGCGGUUGGAGGAGGGUGUUGGGGAUGUGUUCAAAGAACAAGGGAAGGAGAGGGAGGAGGUGGAAGAGACAGAGCGUGAUGGGGAAGGAAAAGGAGAAAGAGAAGCAGAAAGUGAAAAAGAAGCCGAAGGCAAACGCGAAACAAACCAAGAACUCAGCAUGCGCGACUACAUCAACACAAUCGCCGCCUGGCACACGCGCAACCUCGCCAUAACAACCUACCUCCGCGGCAGCGACACCACCCCCCAACCCAAACCCACAACCCCCCAAUCCCCCCUCCCCGUCCUCCUAACCCCAAACUACCAACUCCACACCACCGACACAUUCACCACCCUCAUCCCCAUCCACGACGCCUUCUCGCCCGACGCACACUACGCCCACCUCGCCAGUCUCUGGCGCGGCAUCACAGGGCCCGACCUGACCGUCUACCUGCGCGACGUCAGCAGAGCGCAGCUGGGCAGGGAGGAAGCGGUGCAUUUGCUGCCGCGGAGUAAUGCGAUUCGGAUUGUCAAGGAGAGGGGGGGCAGGAGGGUGGAGGAGGAGAGGGCGGAAAGAUAA